GUUGGGCUGGGUGCGAGUCUGGUGGUUGCCAGAUAAGACUUGUGGGUGCGGGUCCGCCUCGGGCCUUGCGCUUUUGGCAGCCCCCGUUUCCUCGCGCUGACCCUGCAAAGACCCUGUAUUCUGGGCGGGCCGCUUGUGCCACCCCCGUUGGCCUGGGCAGCGGGGAGGUGACCGCCGCUUUCCCCUUCCUCCCUUCUCUCCAGCAGGGCCCCGUCCCGGCCUCGCCUUCAGGAGAAUGGCGUCCCUGGUGCCGCCCCCUUCGCUGGCUCCUCCUGCCGGUGCCGCAACAGGUGCCGUCGAUUCAGCCCAGGUUUUGAUGACAUUUGAGGAGGUGGCUGUCCAUUUUAGUAGGUCGGAAUGGUUCAUGCUGGAUCCGGCCCAAAAGGCUCUCUACAAGGAAGUCAUGGUGGAGAAUUAUGUGAACGUGGCUUCGCUAGCUCAGGGGUUUGCCUUUCCAUUACCUUCCAAAGAAGAGGCUGCAGAUCCCCAGGACUGCCUCAGCACAGGGCCUGAAGACAACGAGGGUCAAGUUGUACAGGAUUCCAAGGAAGCAGAGAGAUUUGCAGGUGGUGGAGUGAAGACUGAGAUCAAGGACGAACCCUUUGAGCCAGAAGAACCUUCCAUGGAAACAACCGCGGAGACCAUUUCCUCCUCAAGCAAGGCGUUGAGCCUGGACCCCGUUCCCAUCCAUCCCGAGCACGAGCAAAAGGUAUUUGGGACGGCAAAAAGUGAACCAGGAUACGCCAUAGUCCUUGUAGCUUGUGGACAGGCACAGGGGAGACCAGAACAGAAGGGAAGGUCCUGCAGCAGCAACCUGACGGGGGAAAGAGAAGAGGUCUGGGUCGAAUUCGGGAAGAUCUUCCGGUGGAAGUCCUACCUCAUCCCGCAUGAAACAUCCACGCCAAAGGUGAAGCUCUACCAGUGCUCCGUCUGUGGGAAGAACUACAGCACCCAGUCCAUCCUGGCAACACACCGGCGGAUCCACACGGGCGAAAAGCCCUACACGUGCUCCUUCUGCGGGAGGAGCUUCGCCCAGCGGGCCCACGCGGAGAAGCAUGAGAGGAUCCACACGGGCGAGAAGCCACACGUGUGUGGCGAGUGUGGGCGGGGCUUCAUCCACCACUCCAGCCUGGUGGCUCAUGAGCGGUACCACGCCAGGAACGGCCCACACCUGUGCUGCCUCUGUGGACAAAGCUUUGUCGAGCGAGCCCGCCUUGUAAACCAUCAGAGAAUUCACAUGCACCAGAGUGACCACUUUUGCCCCAAACUCAGUGGGUGAUCCUCAGAACAGUACAUAAACCAAGGAUGAACCGCCGGUGGCCUUCCAGUUGGCUUGGUCAGUAAUUCCCAUCAUCCCCCACACUGGCUGUGCUGGAUGGAACUGGUGGAAACUGUAAGCGAACAACAUUUGGAGGACUACUAGUGGCCCAUUGCUACUAUAAACAGAGUGCCGCAGGUUAGACAAAUUGUCCCUCGAGCCCAGCUUCGUGCAUAAUGCAAACAGCUUGUUGAAUCUGGUGCUGUUGCGAGGCGGGAAUGCAGCCGUGCUGACAAACUGAUUUGCUAAACUACAAACAACCCUGAAAAAGAAACCUUGGUUUAUGAACUCUGGGUUGUUUAAGCCUUGUCCAAUAUAAGCCCAGCACUAUAGGUUAUUCAUGGGUUGUUUCUCCAGGCUACAAAGCUGGCAAAUGAGUGGAAAUAAAGCUGAUCUGCAGACUGGUA